AUGGAGAAUGUGACACAAUUUAUUGACUUCUAUAUAGUAGCUUUCUCCAAUAUUUUUGGUCAAAAAGUAUUUUUAUUUCCAAUAUUUCUUUCUCUCUACCUCAUAUGUCUACUUUGGAACAUAUUAAUAUUUGCAAUAAUCUUUAUGGAUCCUCAGCUACAGAAACCAAUGUAUUUUUUCCUACGGAAUCUUUCCUUUGUAGAUGUCCUGUACAGUUCAGUGGCACUUCCAAAAUUAAUGGACAUCAUUAUUACUGGAAACAAUCGGAUUUCAUUUACUGCUUGCUUUACACAAAUGUACUUUUUCAUUUCUUUUGUUUGCACUGAAGUUUGGUUGUUGACCCUGAUGUCCUAUGAUCGUUAUGUUGCAAUCUGCUUUCCAUUGCAUUACAUGCUACUUAUGGAGAGGAGAAAGUGUGACCUUCUGGUGACCGGUUGCUGGGUCUUUGGAUUCAGUAAUUCUCUUUUUCUCACAAUAUUUGCAUCACGUUUAUCCUUCUGCAGAUCAACACACAUCAAACAAAUCUUUUGUGACAUAAAAACAUUGAUAACAAUUUCUUGUGGUGAUAUCUACAAGUUAAAAACAAUGAUAUUGGUGGAGGCUUGGGUGGGUCUAUGUCCUUUUUUGCUUAUUUUGAUGUCCUACAGUAAAAUUCUAGCAAAUAUUCUAGGCUUUAGCUCUAUUGGUCAAAGGAAAAAAGCUUUCUCCACUUGUAGCUCUCACCUUACCAUCCUUCUAAUAUUUUUUGGGACCUUACUAUGUAUGUAUAUGAUGCCACCAUCGGAUCACGCGGAAGAUAGUGACCAAAUAUUUUCAGUGCUUUACCUAGCAGUGACACCAACACUGAAUCCUUUGAUUUAUAGUUUAAGAAAUGAAGAAGUUAAAAAUGCCAUACACAAUAUUUUAAUCGGCAAUGUAUUUCGCAAAACAUUUAAUUAA